UAUGAGGCUUUUAUUUUGAAGGUCUCGGGCUUCUGAUAACAUCGACAAUCAGCUGAUCGCUCACAGCUGAGCUUUGGUGGCGUCUCUACCAGGUAUCCACCAAACGGCUUGAAGACAUCAUUGAUAAAGGGGGUUGAGUGAUUUCGAAACGAAAACCAGUGGUUGGGUUGCAGACAACAUAACCCUGACAUGGCCCCUACACUGUACGAUGAGAAACCAGAGCCUGGGGACUUGAUCGAGAUCUUCCGUGGCAGCUAUCAGCACUGGGCAGUGUAUGUUGGCGAUGGGUUUGUGAUUCACUUGGCUCCCCCCUCUGAGGUCCCAGGUGCAGGUGCCAACAGCAUGAUGUCUGUCCUAGCAGAGAAGGCGAUGGUGAAGAAAGAGGAGCUGUGGGAUGUAGUGGGGACCAACAAAUGGAAAAUCAGCAACGUCCUCGACAAGAAGUACGAGCCUCGACCUGUUCUAGUCAUUGUGAGGGAGGCCCGUGCCCUGGUGGGUACUGAGCUGCCCUAUUGCGUCUUUAGGGGGAACUGUGAGCACUUUGCUAACGAACUGCGAUACGGAAAGGCUGAGUCCCGCCAGGUCCGUAAGGCAGAAGAAAUGGUCAUGGUUGCAGGAGCGGCUACAUUGCUGGGUCUUGGUGUCGUUGCUCUGGCAGGAGUUUUGUUUGGAAGUAGCAAAACAAAAGACAAGAACACGCAGUGAUUGAAGUCCUCAGAGCUUGAUUUAAGGGAUUUAUUAACAGAUCACCAGCAGAGCCUAACUGACAUUUAUGAAGUAAACACAAAAUUGGCCUAUUUUUAAGUAUCUGGGUUUUUGUGAUAAUUUUGAUUAACUUCAUAACCGUUUCUUAAACCACUGUCUGUCCAUUAUUCUGUCCUCAGUUUGAAUAAAAUAGCAGACUGGUUUGUUUUAGGUCAACAUCUUUUAUUUUUCAGCCUUUUGGGAUUUUCUAAACAACCACACAGGUGUUGUGUUGAUGUACUGUAUGUUUAAAUGCUUUGAUAAAAAGAGUGAGGACUUUGAAGCUGGUGAAACAACUUUUGAUGUUUUGAACUUCUGAGAGUCACAAGAUCAGGCCUUUUUUUGUAUGAAUUUAAAUAAAAGAUGUUUGAAAUGUAAAGGUCUUGCAACCUAAAUGAUGAUUCAGCAAAUAUAUGUUUAUGUAACCUGAUGAAGUUUAUAUAAUGUUUGAGUAGAGUAGUUAUCUUACAGAUAAGCCAUGUGUCCAUGUAGUGUUCUUAUAAAAUGUCAUCUUGAAUAAGUUCACAGCCUAACUGGAGUUUUUAGCACCAUGUGUCUCUAACUUUGAAAUGUUUGUAAUUGUUUGAAUAAAGAAUAACUGAACUUUA